AUGGCGGUGCUGAUACCUCGAGCAGCUGAAUUUUGUAAGCUAAGAAAUCUUGAGGAGUUGGAUCUUAGCCUUAAUUAUGGUUUAGAUGGAGUUCUUCCACCAUGCUUUGCUAACUUGACCUCCCUCAGACUUUUAGACCUUUCUACAAACAAUUUCAAGGGGGAGAGUUCUAAUCUCAGAUCCCUUGAAUACAUCAGACUUGGCGAUAAUCACUUUGAAAGUAAAUUCUCUUUUAGCUUGUUAGCAAGUCACUCAAAAGUCAAACUGGUUGAAAUACUAAACAAUGACGACUUAGAGGUCGAAACUGAAGAUUCAAAUUGGGUGCCCAUGUUUCAGUUGGAAGUCCUAGUAUUGUCACGCUGUAACCUUAACAAGCAGAGUCCCAAGGUUCCAACUUUUCUUGCAUAUCAAAGCAUGCUAAAAGUACUUGAUCUCUCCCACAACAAUCUGAGAGGAGGCUUCCCUGAUUGGGUAAUUAAGAACAAUUCACAACUCCAGGUUUUGAGACUAAGUAACAACUCUCUUGAGGGGCAAUUGCAUUUUCAACCAAUUCUCAAUACAAGUAUUUUGUGGAUGGAUGUAUCUGAAAAUCAACAAAGGGGAAUACUUGAAGAGAAUCUGGGAAGGAAGCUUCCAUAUAUGACUACCCUAAAUUCGUCGAGGAACCACUUUGAAGGAUUUGUUUCAUCUUCAUUUUGCAACAUGAGUGGAUUAGUUCAGCUCGAUUUGUCCAACAACUUCUUUGAUGGAAAAAUCGCCAAGGAAAUGGUUUGGAAGUACUGGUUUUAUCCGACAACUGAUUUCAUGGGUAGCAAAGUUGUCACAUUUGGGAACUUCUUGGUUAAACAGACAUAUGGAUCUUCACAAGAAGAAUAUAAUGGUCAACUUUCUACAUCAAGACCUCAAUAUGAUGAUAAGGCAUAUGAUGAGUAUGAUGAUCCACCACCAAGGCAAAUAUCAAGAACUCAAUAUGAUGAUAGAGAAUAUGGUGAUUACCACUACUCAAGAAGAGCCCCACCACUACCUCAAAGCUAUGAUUCAAAAUCUUACCAAUCUAUCCACUAUGACGAGGAUGAUGACUACCCUCAACAAAGAGGAUUCUCUAAUUCUCAAUCCUACGACUCUUACCCAUCCCAAUCCUACUCUCCACAAUCUUACACUCAAAACACACCUCUACCCAAAAAGAAAUCUAUUAUCGAGCACAUGUAUGACCAUUGGUUGAAACCCAAGCCAAGAGACCCAAAUGACCGCUUCAAGACCAUUGAGGAACACAUGCUUGAAGAUAUGAAUCGACAAGUACAAGCACCAUAG